CAAGGAGCAGAACCGAAGCAGAACGUAAGCCCCUUCUUCCCGGUACACCCCCUUGCUCUUAGCGGUUCGUUAUGUCUUUGGGCCCGCUCCCCGUCUCGCCAUGCCCGAUGUUGAGCGCCGCCUGACUCCCCCGCUGCUGCCGCUGCUCUUUGUGCCGUCCUUGCUUCUGGUUUCCUGCCUGCAUGCGCCAGUGGGAGCCGCGGAGGAGGGCGGCGGCCUUCCCCCCUCGACGCCCGGGGACAAUGGCCUCACCGCCGCUACCACGCCGACCUCCCCGGGGAUGUUCCUCCAGACCACCGCCUUAACCGAAGAGCCCCGGUUUGCCCUAAAGAUCCUGGUGAGAGACCUGGUGACACGCCAGCUGUUGCCAGGAGCCUCAGUCAGGGUUUAUGUCAACCACACCCUAAGCACCUCCACCCGGAUUGGGGAGAAAGGUGAAGCUGUGCUGUGGCUGCCUUACAGCCCAGGACUCAGUCUGACUCUGGUGGGCACUAUGGAAGGGUACGUUCCCAGCCCACUGCCUUGGAGCACCGCAAGUCGACCCGUCUUCUCUAUUGUGACGUUGCGGCUGCUCCCUCAGAGGCAAGGCAACAUCUGGCUGUUUGAAGACUCCGUGCUGAUCACCGCCAAGUUGCCCGAUAGCGCCUCCCAACCAAAGAUAAAGUUCCCCAAGAACCUCCUCCCACAACUCGACAAGAGCAAAGUCUCGUCAGUGACGGCUUACUUGACCGUGCCACAGUUAGCGGCUGACUGUGCCAACUGCACUCCAGGCGUUAUUGUCAACAGAUCAGUUUUUAAAAGCGUCGAGCUAAAACCCGUGGUGGCCAUCAGCGUUCUUCUCUACGAGGGCGGAGAAGAGCUCCAGGUUCGGGGGCCCAUCCAGGUCAGCGUGCCUCUCGGGGGCAGCACCCGCCUCCGGGCAUCUGACACUGUGCCGGCCUGGGCUUUCAACCUGCUGACAGGUGCCUGGGAGAAUCAGGGUCUGGGAGUAGUGAAGACAGUUGGUGAGGAGCUGGUUUGGACGUAUACUGCUUCCCACCUGGGUUACUGGAUUGCCGCCCCCCUGCCGUCAAAUGAUCACCCCAGCUAUGGAAUCUCCUUGGAUUUCAUGUCAUACCACGCACUCCUGUUGGUGGGAAUACUGGCAGGAACGCUGCUUGUUGUGAUUGUAUUUCUAUCACUGCUGUUGUGUCACUGCGGCAGCUCCCACCGAGAGCCCAGGAGAAUGCGAGCCCGUUUUUCAAAGCUCACGGUGGUGAAAAAAGACCAAACCACCUCCAUGCACAUGGAGGAGGGUCUGCUGUUCCACUCAGGAGAGAACAUGCUGGCUUCCUGUAGCGUGCAGUGUGACCCGUCAUCCACCCCGAGGCACAAAGCCAACUACAACAUCUACGUGGAGGAUCCGGCCGGUCGCUCGGCAGCCGGUCUUUACGAGAACGUUUCAGCAGACCGCAUCAAAGUCCCCCCUCAUCCUCACUACAUCAACAACGAGGAAGCGUCUCGACUUCGGGACAGAGUGGACCAGGACCGCUGCAACAUCAACUCCGACGGCUUCUUUCCAGACAAGCUGCGUCAUAUCUACAACCAGCCGGUGGCCAUCAUCCAGGCACCGGAUGUCUUCGGCGGUCAGGAGUCCGGCUGCAAGUCUGCCACGUUCCCUCGCAACGGGAACGAGUUUGAUUCUCACUCAGAGGCUCCGAGUAAGGAUGGCUACGCCCAAACGCUCGUCAAAGUCCGAAACGGCCAACAGCAAGGCGACCAAGAUGAGCCCAAGCCUCUAGAGACUCCUCCGUCGAGCCAAGGGCCUCCUGGUGCUGGCUGGGGUCGCUAUGGUAACCUUCUUGAGUCCUCCGUGUCAGUGCCAGGAACCCUCAAUGAGGCAGCCGGGAUGGAAGGCUUCGGCGGUGGCGUUCCAAGAGAGCUCCAGUUGAUCUCCGAGCACACUUUGUUGGAGUUGAGCCGGGGCAAACCCUCGUCGUCCCACCCCAGGGCCUGGUUCGUCUCCUUGGACGGAAAACCGGCCGCCCAGGUGCGCCACUCCAUCAUUGAGCUGCAGAACCGCCACCGCCCUACCAGCAGCAACGACACCAGCCUGGACUCGGGGGUGGACAUGAACGAGCCUCUGCAUAGCAUCCGUGAGUCGGAGCGGGAAAGGCCGUCGCUCAGGGCCUUCUCGCUCCCGCACCACGGCAGGAGGUACGGCGAAGAGCAGGACCUGAGCAGCAGCGAGAGCGGCACCACCGCCACCUGCACGCCAGAAGACCCCUCCCUCAGGAACAUCCUGGACGGAAGCAGCGGGGCUAUUUCCAACAUUCCCGAGGAGCAAGACGGGAUGGACACGUCCAGCACUCAGGAAGACAGCGAGGCAAGAGGGACGCCACCGCCGCGCCGCUUGAGGAAAGGAAGGGAAAAGGUGAAAUCGGGAAAAAGGAGUACAAAGCCAAUACGAGAGGGACGGCCCCUGACCAAGCGUCGCUAGAGCAGCCCGCCUGCUCGUCCUCUUUGUGUGAUCGUACAAAAAGACGGAUAACAUCGAGUACCCGCAAACACCAGCAAGAUUCCUCUCAAGAAGGUGCCUUCUUUCUGCCUUCCACCAUGAAGUGUUCUAAAACUGGUGAGUCUGCAGGACGGACACAACACGGGACGACGUUUGUAGUGCACUUAUCCUCGCCUGUCAUGAUCCGUUACCCGGGUCGUGGCCAUACUUGCCAACCCUCCCGAUUUUCCCGGGAGACUCCCGGGGCAACCAUUCACCCGAAUUUCUCCCGAUUUCCACCCGGACAACAAUGUUUGGGGCGUGCCUUAAAGGCACUGCCUUUAGCGUCCUCUCUCACCUGAAACCUUCACCCCUUAAUGCUGUCCAGGCGUCCACUUUUCCUCCAUAUAAACAGCGUGCCGGCACAGUCACAUAAUAAUGUAGCGUUGGACGGGUUUAACAAUGGUCUUUACUCGAAGAUGUCAAAAAAUGCUGACACGUUGUACGAUCUUUUAACUUAUUUAAUGAUAACGUUAAUUUCAAGCACACACACAAGUGAAUGCAAUUCAUACUUGGUCAACAGCCAUACAGGUCACACUGAGGGUGGGCGUGUAAACAACUUUAACACUGUUACAAAUAUGCGCCACACUGUGAACCCACACCAAACAAGAAUGACAAACACAUUUCGGGAGAACAUCCGCACCGUAACACAACAUAAACACAACAGAACAAAUACCCAGAACCCCUAACUCUUCCGGGACGCUACAAUAACAUCUAGGGCUUUUGGAGCUCAGUGCACAACUGCACACACGACAAGAAGGAGACGAAGCAGAAGAACAAAGAAGAGACAUGGCGACCACGAGUAAGAAGAAGAAGUACGCUUGCAAGUUCCAAAAUGAUUGGGAAAAAUAAUUUAAUUUCAUCCAGGACAGCUCGAAGGGGAAGGGGUAUGCUGCCUGCACCUCAACCCCGCGCCCCCAACCACGCCCUAACACCCCCUGCCCCUCAUCUCCCGAAUUCGGAGGUCUCAAGGUUGGCAAGUAUGGUCAUGGCAUCAUUUAUGUGUAGUAAGUUUCCUAAGGGGCAGCACGGUGGAAGAGGGGUUGGUGCGUCUGCCUCACAAUACGAAGGUCCUGAGGUCAAUCCCGGGCUCGGGAUCUUUCCGUGUGGAGUUUGCAUGUUCUCCCCGUGACUGCGUGGGUUCUACUCCGGCUUCCUCCCACCUCCAAAGACAUGCACAUGCAUGUGUGAAUGUGAGUGUGAAUGUUGUCUGUCUAUCUGUGUUGGCCCUGUGAUGAGGUGGCGACUUGUCCAGGGUGUACCCCGCCUUCCGCCCGAAUGCAGCUGAGAUAGGCUCCAGCACCCCCCCGCGACCCGAAAGGGACAAGCGGUAGAAAAAUGGAUGGAUGGAUAGUUUCCUAUGUUUUAGUCUGUUUCCUGGGUGCAGCCUCUUUCCUUUUGUUUACUGUUGGUUUCCAUGGACACUGAUUCUCCUCACCUGUCUUAGUUUAGCAAUGAGUCUUCCCACCAGGUGUUUUGGUUCGAUCACUCCCCUUUAUGGUUUUCUGUCACCCAGCACGAGUUUCUGGGUCAAUGUUUGCUAUACGCAACAAUUACGUCCCUUCUAGUUUUUUCUCCGAGCUCAAGCAUAUUUUUCUACACGCUCCUCCUCCUCGCUGUUCACUAUUUGUUUGACUAUUUGGUGCAGCUCGGUUGGUAGAGUGGCCGUGCCAGCAACUUGAGGGUUCCAGGUUCGGUCCCCGCUUCCGCCAUCCUAGUCACGGCUGUUGUGUCCUUGGGCAAGACACUAUACCAGUGGUUCUUAACCUGGGUUCGAUCACUAAGGGUUCGGUGAGUCGGCUUCAGGGGUUCGACAGAGCCUCCGCCGCGGAGGUCAAGACACGACCGACUCAUCGUGUAAACAAAAACUUCUCCCAAACAAUGUUCCCUCUAUUUUUCCAUAUGCGUGAGGAAACGCAAAAACUCCUUGAGCAUUCAGUGGAGCACAUGUGAGCGACGUCAGACCUGCAGCACACCUGUCCCAAACCUGACUAAAUAACAAGUUCAAUGUUUUAUUAUUAUAAUCAAAUGACAGCGGUCAUUUCCAUGAGAUUAUUUUCUAAUAUAAGUGUUUUGGCCCACUUACAAUAACAAAAAAUAUUGUUUUUCAUGAGCUGUGUACUAGUAUUAUAUGUCUGGGUGGGGGGUCCUGCUUUGGAAAUAAUGUGUACCCCUUUCAGAUAUCGCAUUUAGUUCCCACUAAAACAUUCACAUGUUGCACAAUGAGAUGUAAACAUGGAAUCAUGUGUACAUUCCUGUAAUUUUCCGUUUGUAAAAUAUAUCUUUAAUAGUAUUUCUUUAAUAUAAUAGCAUGAGCUGUGUACUAGUAUUAUAUGUCUGGGUGGGGGGUGUUAUGAUCCGCUGCCCGGAUCAUAUUUUCGUUUACGUUUUCAAGGUACUUGUGUUUUUUGUUAGUUUUGGACACCUUGAGUGCCUGUUUGGUACACCUGAGUUUGUUGCCAUGGCUGCUUAUUGUUUUCACCUGCCGCGUGUGUUCCCGACGCGCACCUGUUGGUCAUCACUGACAUUAUUAUUUAAGCCUGCCUUCCCUGUCAUUCUGUCUUGCUUCCUAGUUUGCUUUUUGCAACAGUAGACGACUUUUGUUCUUGCUCUGUACCUGCUAGCUUCCACGCUAGACUCAUUUUUACCUUCUAGCUCCCACGCUAGCUCUUUUAGUUUUUGCCUUCCGUGCUAUGAGCACGUUUUUGUUUGUUCCAGUAUAAUUUAUUAAUUAAAUAAAUACUUUCUUACCUGCACGCUGUGUCUGACGCCCGUCUGCAUUCCUGAGAGAACGAGCCCCGCAUCACCAUGCGCCCCGGUCGUCACAGUAGGAAGCAAGCCAGAAUGACAGGGAAGGCAGGCUUAAAUAAUAAUGUCAGUGAUGACCAACAGGUGCGCGUCGGGAACACACGCGGCAGGUGAAAACAAUAAGCAGCCAUGGCAACAAACUCAGGUGUACAAAACAGGCACUCAAGGAGUCCAAAACUAACAAAAAACACAAGUACUUUGAAAACGUAAACGACAAUAUGAUCCGGGCAGCAGAUCAUAACAGGGGGUCCUGCUUUGGAAAUAAUGUGUACCCCUUUCAGAUAUCUCAUUUAGUUCCCACUAAAACAUUCACAUGUUGCACAAUGAGAUGUAAACAUGGAAUCAUGUGUACAUUCCUGCAACUUUCCGUUUGUAAAAUAUAUCUUUAUUAGUAUUUCUUUAAUAUAAUAACAUCAUUUUAUGAUUACGGUUCGGGUUCGGUGAAUGCGCAUAUGAAACUGGUGGGGUUCGGUACCUCCAACAAGGUUAAGAACCACUGCACUAUACCCACCUGCUCCCGGUGCCACCCACGCUGGUUUGAAAUGUAACUUAGAUAUUGGAUUUCACUAUGUAAAAGCGCUUUGAGUCACUAGAGAAAAGCGCUAUAUAAAUAUAAUUCACUUCACUUGCCAUGCGUCGAAGACGUAACAGAUUCACCCAGCCACUAGUGUUGGGUGACAGAAAACUAUAAAGGGGAGUUAUCAACCAAAACACCUGGUGGGAACACUGAUUGCUAAACUAAGACAGGUGAGGAGAAUCAGUGCCCAUGGAAACCAACAGUAAACAAAAGGAAAGGGGGUGCAUAGAGGAAACCGAAUAAAACAUCGGAAACUACUAAACAUAAAUUACGCCAUGACCCGGGUAACGGAUCUUGACAUCGCCAGGUAAUAUACUGCUCCAUUUUGUCCUCCAAAAGAGACUUCUUGGUUUGUGGGUUUAAAUAGUAUAACUCAUAUAAACUGUUACUUUAAUGUGCAUGAAAUUGUAUUUUUUUUUGGUGUAGUUGUUAGGGUACUCAUAGUAGCCACAUCACAAAAACCACAUCGGUAUGUUUUUUUUUCUUUGUUCAACUUUACAUUUUGUGCCUUGAAGAUUUGCUUGGAGCAUUUCUAGACUUAUUCCCGCGUGUAAACAAAAUGUUACGUCCAUCCAGGAUUCAUGUCGUGGCACAAUUCCCGUUCCAGCAAUAUUUACUGCGAAAUAGAUGUUUGAAAAAGCUUGACCAAAUGUAGUCUUCCUUUUGUGCGUUCAAGCCCGGUUUGUGUGUAAAUAGUACCAACAGCUUCUGUUCUGUGACUGUGAUAUUGUUUGUUUUGUGCUGUAUUUACCGGUACACUUAAAGAAUGAAUGGUUCCAAAAAUAUGUUUUAAUAAGCAUGACAUUUAUUGUUUUUGUUUUUUUUUAUAGUGAAGAAAGUGAAGAGAAGAUUGUUUUUAAAUGUAGCAACAAGUUGAGCACUUGGUCAGCAGACUUACGAAGAAGCUGCAAUACACAGUAGUCGUUGCUCCUGUUUAACUUGCUGAAUGUAUUUGUGUAUUUAACUUUCUUCUCUUGUUCGCCGGUGAUUUGUGUAUUUCUUUGUGUGUUUUAAAUUAUUAAACAUAUUUCAAACGCUUCAGUCGUUAGACUUG